AUUUUUGCUCUUAGCAGAUGAAGAAAGUGCAAAUGACAGAAACACCCCCUGUUGUCAUUCCGAGGCGGAAAAGGAAACCAAUUGCAAGACAAACCAAGAUACUAGGAAAGAAGGCGAGAAAAGCUGUUGAAAAUGAUAGUAUUCAAGCGGUAUUUAGGACAACGUGUGACCUGAAGUGUCUGGACAAGUUCACUAGCUCUGAGGUGUUGGAGAAAAGAAGGUACUUUUGGGACAAAGAUCGAGAUGUACAGAGACAAUACAUCAUGUCACAAUUAGAGGCUACUUUCAACUACCAAGAACAGGACGCAUGUAACAUCAUGUUCACAGUUCAAGGCCAUUCGGUGUGUCCGAAGUGUUGGCGACUAAUCUUUGCGAUUAGCAAAUCAAGGUAUUACAGCGCACUGUCAGAUGUCAGGAAAGGCCUCGCCACAGCCAGUCCAGAUCAUCGAAAAGAUUUAUGCUACGACACAAAACGGUUUUUAGCAGCAAAGCUCUGGCUAACCCGUUUUACCAGAAGAUUUGGAGACCCAAUGCCACACAGGGUACAAAUUCAGCUGCCUUCAACACUAACGAAGAGGGCGAUCUGGCAAGAAUACCAAGAAGAAUUCAGCAUGAAUGGAUCAAUUUAUUUGAAAUACAACAGAUUUCUACAAAUGUGGUCCGAACACUUUAACCACGUGACAAUACCAAAGUGUAAAGACUUCACACAGUGCAAAGACUGUCUGGACUACCAGAAUGCAAUGCUAUGCAAGCCAUCAAAAGAAGAACAGAAAGAGUUGAAAGAGGGAUUAAAGGCACACCUCAAUUUACAAAGCCUUUCAAGAGAAAAAUACUACCGGCACAUCUCCAAAGCCCGAGAGAACCCUGAGAAAUAUUCUUCUAUCAUAAUUGACAACAUGGAUCAACAAAAGUCAAGCCUGCCAGCAUUCCCAAGACAAUCCAAGGCUGACGUUGGUCUAACACGAAUGAAACAUCAUGUGACAGGCGUUCUGGAUCAUGGUAAUGAGAAGUCCUAUGCAUAUGUGUGGAACUCUGCACUGCCUGGAGACUGUAACGUGACCUGUACAGUUCUUCUUACAGUUCUCCAGAGGAUAGCACAGAGUAAAGGAGGUGGGCUUCCAGAAGUGUUGUACAUACAAGGGACAACAGCCCUAAAGACAACAAGAACGUGA